UGUGUGCUCGCUCUCUGCGCUCCUCUGCUCGCUCUCCUGCAGGCUGCGUGGCUCCCACACAACAAAAACGGAGCUGCUAACUUUUCUGUAUUGUUUUGGGGGGUUUUUUAUAUAACGCGUUUAAAACUCAAAGCUCGCGUCGCAGACAAAUGGCUCAACCAUUCCCCGACAGUUUAGGACACGGUACAGGUUUGACUUUAGGAGGCGGAUUUGUCUAAAUUUGUGGCCAGAACUUCAAACAAAAAAAAAAUCAACGACGGAAUAAGUGUAGCCGAGAUAAAGGAAUCCGGAUCGGCUCUGUGGCUAUCAAGGUCCAAGUCAAGAUGUCUGUCAGUAAUCACGAAAACAGAAAGUCUCGCUCUAGUUCCGGUUCCAUGAAUAUACAACUCUUCCACAAGACGUCUCACGCCGACAGUCUGUUGACCCAGCUCAACCUGUUGCGAAAACGAAAGGUCUUCACAGAUGUUGUCCUGAAGGCCGGAAACAGAUCCUUCCCCUGCCACCGGGCCGUCCUGGCCUCCUGCAGCCGAUACUUUGAGGCCAUGUUCAGUGGCGGGCUCCGGGAGAGUCGUGACGCCGACGUAAACUUCCACGACUCUCUCCACCCAGAGGUGCUGGAGCUCUUGCUUGACUAUGCCUACUCGGCCCGAGUCAUCAUCAACGAGGAAAAUGCAGAGUCGCUCCUGGAGGCUGGCGACAUGCUUCAGUUUCACGACAUCAGGGACGCAGCGGCAGAGUUUCUAGAAAAGAAUCUCCACCAGUCGAACUGUCUGGGGAUGAUGCUGCUGUCGGACGCGCACCAGUGCCAGAGACUGUACGAGCUGUCAUGGAGGAUGUGCCUGGCGGACUUUGCUACUCUCUUCAAGACAGAGGACUUCCUCAGCCUGCCCAGAGACAAAGUCCAGGAACUGAUCCUCAGUGAGGAGCUGGAGGUGGAGGAUGAGAGCCUGGUGUACGAGGCUGUUAUCGACUGGGUGAAGGCCGACAUGGAGCACAGGCACAGCGAGCUGCCCGAGCUGCUACGCUGUGUCCGCCUGGCCCUGCUCCCUGAAACGUACCUGCUGAAGAACGUUGCUUCGGAGGAGCUGGUGAUGUGCCAUAAAGUGGGUAGGGAAAUUGUUGAAGAUGCCGUGCGGUGCAAAAUGAGGAUCCUCCAGAAUGACGGCAUUGUAACGGGGUUCUGUGCCCGGCCGAGGAAGGUCAGCCAGGCCCUGCUGCUGCUGGGAGGACAGACUUUCAUGUGUGAUAAAGUCUACAUGAUUGACAACAAGACUAAAGAGAUCACCCCCAAAACAGACAUCCCCAGCCCCAGGAAGGAAUGCAGCGCCUGUGCUAUUGGCUGCAAGGUUUAUGUUACUGGAGGACGUGGCUCUGAAAACGGGGCCUCCAAAGAUGUCUGGGUCUACGACACAUUACACGACGAGUGGUCCAAAGCUGCGCCUAUGUUGGUCGCCAGAUUCGGACAUGGCUCUGCAGAGCUCGACCACAUGCUGUACGUCGUGGGAGGACACACGUCUCUUGCAGGAUCCUUUCCUGCAUCUCCAUCUGUGUCUCUCAAACAGGUGGAACAGUACGACCCUCAGACCAAUAAAUGGACACUGGUGGCUCCGCUCAGAGAAGGGGUGAGCAAUGCUGCUGUCGUCGGUGCCAAAAACAAACUCUUUGCCUUUGGGGGCACCAGUGUAAACAGAGAGAAAUACCCCAAGGUGCAGUGCUUUGACCCUUGCCAGAACCGGUGGUCUGUGCCGGCCGCCUGUCCACAGCUGUGGCGCUACACUGCAGCAGCUGUGGUUGGCAACCAUGUUGUGGUGAUCGGAGGCGACACUGAAUUCUCAGCCAGCUCUGCUUAUCGGUUCAACAGUGAGACGUACCAGUGGUCAAAGUUUGGUGACGUGACAGCCAAACGGAUCAGCUGCCACGCAGUGGCGUCAGGAAACAGACUAUAUGUGGUUGGAGGGUACUUUGGGGCUCAGAGGUGUAAAACGCUAGACUGUUAUGAUCCAUCAUCGGACUCUUGGGACAGUGUGACCAGCGUGCCCUACUCACUCAUUCCCACAGCCUUCGUCAGCACAUGGAAAUACCUCUCGGCAUAGAGCGAGAGAGACGCACUGACUCUUUGAGGUUUCUACGAUCAGCCGUGGUGUCUGGUAUGCAGGCAUGUGUCCCCCUUCACUGGCUGCACAGGGGAGGAGGAGGAGGAGGAGGAGGAGGAGGAGAAAAGGGGAAGAGUUUGUGUGUUCCUGCUGUGGCUCCAUCCAGCCUGAUUCACAUUAUCUUCAGCUGCAGAGGAGCCUGACUCCUGGAAACAGCCCAGAGACUGGAAGUCUACGGCCUCUUUCCACCUGAUCUGUUUACUCAUACUUCUUGUGUAACUUUCCCAUGUAGCCACUAGCCUGAGCUGGGCUCGUUGCCAUGUAUACUGCACAGACUUCACAGUUGUGUCUAUAUAACAUGCAAAGUACAGCCAGGAAACAGACAGAUAGUGGAGAUGUGUGCUCUGGGCAUCACAUGUUCUCUUCUUUCCACCUCCUCUGGCAAAUACUGCUACUGUGACUGUAACAGCCCUGCACUGCUCAUUUGACUCACUCCAUCAUCAAACAUAAUCUCGCCAGUAGAUUGCUAGUUUAACAGACUCUGUAAAGACUUACUAGUGUCUCUCUUACUCACAUGUUGUUUUACAGUGAACUGAAAAAAGAAAGUCGGCUAUCCUCUGUCGUCGUCGCUCUUCUCCCCUCCUGACACUGGGCGUUUACUCAGGUGUAAUUUAUUUGGACUGCUGAUGGACUGAAUUAGACCUUUGCUAUGCCAGGCGUAUGGGGAAGGAGAGAAAACAUUUGGGGAAGUGUAUGAUUUUGUGCACAGAAACAAUCUUCCUGUCUGUAUUUUUAGACUUUGGACUUGGGCUUCCCUCAAUUUUGGUAAGCUAAAUUCGUAUCUUCCUCCUUCACUUAAAAUACACGCUCGCAAGAGAGAAUGUGGCCCAUUACGGCAGAAGAAGACGCUUUUCUGUUUCAAGAUGUUAUUUCAUACUAUGAUUUUGUCAAUUUUUUUUAUAAUUUGUGUCUCAGGGUUAUGUAUAGUUAUGCCUGUAUUUGUUCAAGGAAGCGCAACGUUUGUUUUCUGUCUCCUUUGUUCUUAAAAUGUUUUUUUUUUGUGAAUGUAUUAUUUUGUGAUAAACAAUUUUACAGAACUCUCUUUCAUUUUAGAAAACAUCCUUACAUCGUUUUGCCAAGUGAAAAUGUGUAAUUGCGCUUAAUAGCUGUGGUCAUAUUUUAUAAUAUAAAUAUUGCCAAAACCUGAAUACCUAACCUUCGUGUAAUUCUCCAUCUAAAUAACAAAGCUAAAUGUGUCCAGAGUAGUUAAUAAAAACUUUGUAGCUAUAAUAUUAUUUUUCAGGAUCUUUAAUUGAAGUCGUCUGUGUGUAUAGUUUGUAUAUUUGCUUUUGUAAUUCAUUUGUAGAAGCCUUUGAUUUGCACAAUUUGUACAAAGAAAUCUCUUUAUGGUCUUAAUUUUGUAUCUUUGUCUUACCCCGGCUCGGGUAGUGUGAAUAAUCAAAGCCUUUUUGUAGCAAAUAAUCAAGUUGUUUCUCUUCAUUUGCUCUGUGUGGAAGUCUGCGGUUUCCCCAAUAUAUGGAAGUAUAUAUCAGAUAUACUGAUAUAUUAAGCUAUUACUGAUACAUCCAACUGUUAAUUCAUGUUCUACAGCUCAUAACUUGUCAAUAAAUAUCUUGUUGAAAACGGA